AUGGCCGACAUGUUCGAUUCACAUGGCACGGCCGCCAUGUCCUUCUCGACGCUAUGGAAGCGCCAGGAAGUCUGUGUUCAGUGCAACAAGGGACAACAACCCGUCUGCCCAGAGAAUUGCGACCAGACGACACAUGAAUGCAUCAUGAUCCCCGAGACAUGCAAGCAAUGUGCUCAUAUGAUCUGCCAGCCUCUCGACCCAGCCAUGCUCCCUCCCAGACCCUCGCAACCGUCGACCAAUGUCGGUGCCAUCGCUGGUGGAGUGAUUGGUGGUAUCGCGGCCGUCGUCAUUCUCUCGUACUUGGUAUGGAGGUUUUGCGUGAAGUCUAGGAGGCAGCAGCAACCAGUUGCCCAGGAGGUCUGGGAAGAUUCAGCUGAGCAUAUGGAUGGGGAGAAGAACUUUGCUCAACGCCGGGAUUAUCGCGCCUCCACCCAUACUGUUCACUCGAUUGCCUCCACCGUUCUUACCCGCGCUUCGAACAUCAUCCAGAUCGCCUAUAUUCCCGGGGUUACCAACAGAGCCACAGCCUCUCCCACAGUGUUGGUUCCUCCCGUUCCGCCAAUUCCUGCCAGUCACUCGCAGGCCGGCACUCCAUCGAGCACAGAAGAUCAGCAUUUCUUCAUCCCGGGUGACUUGCGUGAUUCGACUUACUCUGGCAUCUCCUCUUACACUGAUCGUACUUCCUACGCCCGGACCUCGUACGCCCCGCGCUCCAGCGUGGCGUCCACCAUCUAUGGAAAGAGCGCCGUUGUUGUGGCUCCCGCGCAGACGGGUAUGCGAGCGAAGCCGGCCAUGGUUAGUGUCCGGUCGGCCAACUCCAACAACUCUAGCGGCACCGCCACUCCCCCAGUUCCCACUGUAGACUACGAGAAGUACUCUUCUCUCCGGCCGCCAAGUCCCGCCAACAGCACUUUCAGCGUUGGGUCUACCUUCUUGAACAAUGCCAGCACCCACACAGCCACGCCGGCUAGGGCUAUGGUUGUUCGGGUUGGAAGCAUCAAGAAGUUGAACGGCAACAGCACCAGCAGCAAAGCGAGAUCAGAGCAGGAUACCCUCUCUUCCCCUAUCACCGUCUCGGGCGAUACCUAUAGAGACUCCACCGCCGCUACCAUCAUUGUUGACUCGCCACAAACGAACGAUCUCGGACCGUUUUCUGACCCACCGAAGCCGUCUCACAACAGCAGCAUCAGUAGUAACAACCUCAGUGCUGUCAUCGAGGAGGCGACACGACGGGCGUCUCAAAGAGACUCUUCUGUACCAGUCAAGAACCGGGAAAGGAGUCCGUUCGGCGAUGAGCAUGCCGCACCAUGA